UUUCACGUUGGUUAAUAAAUAAAUGAUUCCUUUUUACGCAGAAGAACUUGGCAACAUUAACGUACUCCGUGCCUCUAUAUCUACAGAACCUUCUUGCAAUGUGAGUGAAGUUCUCUCAGUUAGCAAUAAUGCAAUCAUGCUCAAGGACCAGUUAGUAGCUGACUUGAAUGCCGUGCAAGUUGAAAUUACUACAGAUAAUCUAGUGGUUGCUCAACCACCCAGCAUCCAGCAAGACAAGAGUGGCCUCUUUCCUUGGGAAAUCAAAUUAUAUCUAGCCAAAGCGCCAGCACCUCUAAGAUCACAACAAGCCGAGGUUAAAGAAUGGUGGACUUCUAAACUCUUACUAGGAGGUGCUGCAACGUGUAAAAAGGAAAUUCAUUGUCAACACUGUGAUGCGUCUAUCUUGGACAACUCUGUGGAAUACAAAAUUAAGGAUUUACCUUCGGAGCACUGGUAUGAACUGGUUGAAUGUUGGAUCUGUCACGAAACCAAACCUGAAGAGCAUCAAGCUCGUAUGAGACCUAUUCUUGCAAGGCCUAAUCUCUUGUUGGUGGGAACUUCGUAUUUCUUGAUCCACCCUGAUAAUCUUUUAAAGGAUUCUGUUCAAGUCGACAAAAUGGUUUUGGACCGCACAAACUGGGAUCGUGGUACAUUUACAAAAUGGAUUGCUGUCAACUGUUCAAAAUGUAAAAAUGUUAUUGGUGAAGGUCAAUACUGUGUAGAAGAUGAUGCUUUGAAACUGCUGGCAGUUAAAAUUUUCAAGUAUUGCAUCACGAUCGUACCUGCAUUGCCUGAACACCCUGAAUUCACGGAUUACCUUGUAUCCGAUUUGAUCAACACAGCAAAAAUUCAUGCCACGCAUCGCUUUUUAAUACAAGGUCGCCAAAGUCAAAAUAUUUAUGCGCUGAUCUGGUUGUUUAAUUGGGAUACAAACAUUAUUUAUAAUAACGGAUACACACACGGGUCCAGUAGUCUGAAAAGAGAAAGAGGUAACCUUUAGGAUAGCAAAUGUAUAGUUCGAGGGCUAAACACAUUACAUUUAGUCAUGAAGGUGAUUUAUCUGGAUUGCACCAAAGAGAAUGAACAAACAACCCGAUCCAUCGGUAUGUGGUCGAAUGAUAAGUCGACCGAUCAUUUAAUCUAUCCUGAUAAUGUGUGUAAGGAAUUGGUAACAAAGUUGAAUAAAUCGACACUUAUAUUACCGCCCUUUAUGAGAACAAUGGAUCAUCCCGCCAUGAUCUUUACUCGGAAGUUUUCAAUUGGUUUCAUUCAUCGCUCUGACUGAUUGCCUUUAUCUUUAUUUUUUUGACAGGUAAGAGGUUUAUUUAUAAUGUUAAAAUAAAAUAAAAAUCCGUUUUUUUUUAAAAA